AUGGACGAAGACGAUGAUCUUUUUGGCUCAGAUCUCGAUGAUGAUGAUAAAAGAGAAAAAGGAAGUCCGGAAGACAAGAAGUUUUUCUUCCGGAAAGAGCUACGUUCUAUGCUCUAUGGUUUCGGAGAUGACAAAGUCAGUUCUGCUUGGGCAGUGUCGGUGCCUUAUGAUAAAACCCUCGAGACACUGGAAGGAAUAGUCCUGGAUUACAUUAAGGAGCUAUGCGAACGAGCUAUGAAUGUGGGCAAACCAGACAAGAUUGCAUUGGAGGAUAUCCACUACUUGAUUCGACGUGACCCCAAGAAAUUUGCCAGAGUCAAAGAUCUUUUGUCGAUGAGCGAAGAGCUCAAAAAGGCUCGGAAGCAGUUCGAUGAUGUGAAGCAGUUGUAG